AUAGCUGAAUGAACUGCUCUUGAAAGUCAUCUUGCUUAAAAGUUCGUAUCUCUGCAUAAUUUUCCUAAUUUUCGGCGCAAUCAAUUGCCUUACACGCCGGGAAACGCUAUUCAACAAGAGGGCCGAAAACCGAGAUCUGCCAUCUCGCAGUCAUUGCCGCGACCUGCGGCCCUCUGUUGAUUUUCGACGCUUUCUUCCUUCGACCUCGGCGCUGGCCAUUGCCGCCGCCGCCGCCGUCAUCCUCCCGAAAUUGGAGGAUCUUUCAGUGAGCAACGGGUGACUUACCAUGCCCUCGGUCAGGCGCACUCUCUUGCCAGCACACCAACACAACCACGAUAGACCUCUUCCCGUGCCAUUGACCUUUGAAAUGAAAGACAAAGAUCAAAUGGGACAUGCUUCACCACGUUCUUCGUCUUCCCCUUCUCUUCGGCCCUUUUUGGCAAUAUUCUCGAUUGUUGCCCGUCUCCGCCGCAUAGGCCUCCUUGGUUUGGAGAUAUUUCUCCCGAAACCCUCUUCCCGCAAGCGUUGGAGGCCGCCGCUUACCUGGAGCUACUGCAAGCGCUCCCUCCUUCGCUUCUUCUUUUUCUUUCUCUUAGGUUUCUUGCUCGCCAUCUCUCCCUUUUUUGAUAUCGGCUUUGACAGUUCCCUAACCUCUACUAUCUGGCCUACCACACAACAUCCACUGCUUUCCCGUUCUGAGAUCUCUUCUGCACGAAGGGAACUCGGGACGAUUUUCAGCCCACCAAGUGCUCAAUCGGGGCAUAAGGAGAUUGCGCCUAUGCCUGCGAUGGGUUCCAAGCUUCUCAUCAUUGUCACACCCACCUACAACCGCGCACUCCAGUCCUACUACCUCCACCGCCUUGGCCAGACGCUUCGACUCGUGCCUCCGCCCCUUCUGUGGAUAGUGGUUGAGAUGGAAUCCGCUUCUGAAGAGACUGCUGAUGUGCUCUGGAAAACGGGCGUUAUGUAUCGUCAUCUCGUGUGCAAGAAGAAAUCCAAGGAGGUGAAGGACCGGGGUGUGCAUCAGCGCAACACCGCUCUCCAGCACAUCGAGAACCAUCAUCUUGAUGGCAUUGUCUAUUUUGCCGACGAUGACAAUAUUUAUUCCCUCCAGCUCUUUUCCAAGCUGAGGGAAAUCAGGAGAUUUGGAACUUGGCCGGUUGCCAUGCUUGUUCAGAGUAAAAAUGCUGCAACAAUUGAAGGCCCAGUAUGUAACGGAAGCCGAGUUAUUGGGUGGAACACUAAUGAGAGGAGCAAGAGACUUCGAAGGUUUCAUGUGGAUAUGUCUGGGUUUGCAUUCAAUAGCACGAUAAUUUGGGAUCCAAAGAGAUGGUAUCAGGGUGCUUCAGCUUCUGCGAGGCAACUAGAUACAGUGAGAGAAGGUUUUCAAGAAACAACAUUUAUAGAGCAGUUAGUUGAAGAUGAAAGUCAAAUGGAGGGUUUGCCUCGUUGUUGCUCAAAAAUCAUGAAUUGGCACCUUCAUCUAGAUGCUAGACAUCUUGUUUAUCCUAAACGAUGGCAAGUCUCAUCGAACCUUGAACAGGGUCAAUAAGUUUUCCAUGGUCUCUUCCUUCAAGCAGCAGGAUCGAGGCAGACACUGGGAGCACUUGAAGACUAUCAUGAAGACAUUGAGGGAGCAUCAACUAUUUGCCAACUAGAAGAAGUGUACGUUUGUGCAAUCACAAGUGGAGUAUUUAGGGCAUGUGGUGUCCAUAGAGGGGGUGCCAGCUGACCAAUGCAAGAUUCAGGCUAUGGUGGAUUGGCCUCUUCCUAAGAACUUGAGGGAGCUGCGGGGCUUCUUAGGGCUCAUUGGUUACUACCAGAAGUUUGUGAAGGGAUAUGGUACCAUAGCAAGUUCUUUAACAGAGCAAUUAAAAAAAGGAUAAUUUCAAAUGAGGAGAGGAAGCGACUCAAGCCUUCCAGGAGUUAAAGACAAUUAUGAUCAAUAUAUCCGUGUUAGCACUUCCUGAUUUUAGGAAACCCUUUGUAGUGGAGAUGGAUGCAUUAGAUUAUGGGCUAGGAGUAGUACUCAUGUAAGACCAUAGGCAUAUUGCAUACUUCAGCCAGGUGGUCACAACCAGGGCAAAGCUCAAAUAUGUGUAUGCGAGGGAGCUGACGGUGAUUGUCUUGGCUUUAAAAAAUGAUAGCUUUAUAUGCUGGGGAGACAUUUCAUAGUCAAGAUAGAUCAGAGGAGGAGCUUGAAGUUUUUAUUGGAACAAUGGAUGGUCACUGGGGAGCACCAGAGAUGGAUAUUCAAGUUACUUUGAUAUGAUUUUGAGAUUCAGUAUCAACCAGGACAAAAAAACAAUGCAGCAAAUGCCUUGUUCAGGAGAGGCGAGGGCCAAUUUUCAUCUUUCUAAGUAUGGAUCAAUCUCUUUUUAUAACACUUUAAAAAAAUAAGAAUAUUUUUGAUAAAACAAUUCUUGCUUUGAAAUUUUGUACGAGUUCAAUUCAAAUUUGUCUCUGAGCUUUUUUUUUUUUUUUUCCAGCUUAGAUUGACCUCCAUAAAGCUUUUAAUUUUGUAUAUAGGACUUCCCUUAUCUAAAGAUUGAUUGAUAAGAUUUAGCUUGUAUGUUCGUUAAGUUUAUUGAAGCUUGCGUUUCAUUUA